AUGUCUACGCCUCCCAUUCCUGCUUCUUUGCAAAGGAGCCUGGAUGCCACCAAAGUCGAGUAUGUUCAGCUAGGCACUUCUGGGCUUCGGGUAUCCUCGCCCAUCCUUGGUACCAUGGGCAUUGGUGACAAGGACUGGCAGAAUUGGGUUAUAGAGGAAGAGGAAGGCCUGGAGAUACUCAAAGCCGCAUGGGAUAGAGGGGUCACCACCUGGGACACUGCCAAUGUCUAUUCCAGUGGCAUAAAUGAGGAGAUUGUUGGGAAGGCAAUAACAAAGUUCGAAAUUCCGCGACACAAGCUUACCCUCCUCACCAAAUGCAGUGGUACGGUCCCAGAUGAACCAAGUAUUUUUAACUGGGGGUUUGAAGCACAGUUAAAGCAGAGCAAGGACUAUGUUAAUCAAGGAGGCUUGUCGCGGACGGCCAUUUUCCAUGCCGUUGACGCCUCUCUCCGGCGCCUCGGAACCACCUACAUCGACCUCUUGCAAAUUCACAGGUACGACCCGUCAGUCCAACCUGAAGAGACCAUGAAAGCACUCCAUGACCUCGUCCAAUCCGGCAAGGUCCGUUACAUCGGUGCCAGCUCCAUGUGGACGUACCAAUUUGCUCGCAUGCAAUUCAUCGCCGAGAAAAACGGCUGGACGAAAUUCAUAAGCAUGCAGAACUCGUACAACCUCUGCUAUAGAGAGGAGGAGAGGGAGAUGAUGAAGUUUUGUAAAGAAACUGGUGUCGGGCUGAUCCCGUAUGGGCCGCUGUUCAAUGGCCUAUUGGCAAAACCGACACAUGCGCAGUCCGCUAGGUCGAAACAGAGCCUUGCUAUGGCUGGCGGGUUUACGGAAGCGGAUCAAACGAUCAUUAAACGGGUUGAAGAGCUGGCUGAGAAAAAGGGAUGGAAUAUGAGUCAAGUUGCGUUGGCAUGGAUUAGGGGGAAAGGUUGCGUUCCCAUCGUGGGCUUGACAAGUGGCGAAAGGAUGGACGAUGCGUGCGCCGUGCGCGACAUGAGGUUGACAGACGAGGAGACUAAGUACUUAGAGGAACCCCGUUUUAAGGUGGCUGGUAAGGCUCUAGGCCUCCCUGGAGAGCUGACAAAGAGGCGCCAAGCGGCGACUAUGUUGGAGUUGAUCCGUGACGUCCUCCUUGUCUGCGAUGAAUCCAGCUCUCAUGCGUUUCUAGUCAUUAUCCACGAAGGUGUCAUGCCGUUCCCAAGUCAUGGUUGCCGCACCUGCAAGCGGCGGCGCGUGAAGUGCGAUGAGACCCGCCCGAUAUGCAAUCGAUGCCGGAAGGCAAACCUCACCUGCGACAACGUUGAAGAUGGUAACUUUAUCUUCUUGAACGAAAAUGAAUUUGUAGUCGGUCGUCGAAAGCGUCCUCGGGGGCCUAAUGUGAGUGCUCGCAUUGGCUCCCACACCGAGGGUGAUGGCCAGAGUUCCAGUCCAACGACCGACAGCCCAUCCGCAUCCUCGGAGACCACGGGCCCGGCUCUUCAAAGAAGGCAUCCCGAACCACGGAGCUCUGUGUCACAAACGCUGGAAACUCCUAUAGCGGAACAAGCUUUGAAUUACUACUUCCGAAACUAUCUUGAGAUGGAGCAUCUUUUACCUGACAUUGCAGACAGCCAUCUAAAAUAUGUCGCGACCAGUCGUUGCUUUACCGAGCCUGACUCCAUCCUCAGUCUCGCGAUAUUUGCAGUAUCGCACGCUACGUUUGGGCGCGCACGGAGAAGCCAUGCCUCCUUAGCUGCAGGGUGUAAACAGUACUCAAAAGCUCUUGAGAAAACGAACUUGGCAUUGCAGAAUCCCAGUCAUGCGACCGACAACGAUGUUCUGCUGGCUAUAAUGCUAUUAAGCUUUUAUGAGAACUCCGUAACCGACAGGAGGUCGUCACCGGCUUCCAGCCAUGCUAUCCAAGCGUGGGCUUCGCGUAGCUUCGCUCACCAUGAUGGAGCGUUGGCCGUGCUCAGGUUGCGACGACAGACACAGCAUCGAACCGGUGCCGCGCACGUUUUGGAUAAAUUGGUCCGGCGGCAACUUAUGAGAUCAUUACUGUUACGGAGCUUGCCUUUACCAUCAUGGCUCGAAGAUGGAUUCGAAUAUGGAGAAUAUGGUUUCGCGCUUGAGCUUGACACUUGCCUGGUGGAUGUCGCAAAGAUUCGACAUCGAGCAAAAACUCUGUUUGCUGAUUUCGCAAACAGUUCACUGUACGAACGAUGCGAUAAAGAAGAAGAAGAAGAAGAAGAAGGAGAAGCACUUCUCUAUAGCUUCUUAGAAGAAGCUUACGCGUUGGAUGGGACUUUGGUCUCCUGGACAGAACACCUACCCCUUGAGAACUGGUAUACCACCCAUACAGUUAAGGAACACGGGCAAGCGGAGAUCCACAACAGGGUGUUUAACAGCACUGUUCACAUAUACCCCACGGUUGGACAUGCGGGCAUGUGGAAUCGCUAUCGCGCUCUCCGUCUGGCGGUGCAUGACACCAUUCUCCAGGCGUUAUCCAUCCUAGACGGGUUAGUGGACUCAGACAGCACAACUGAGCCUCUGGUGGAAGCUGUGAAGGUGACGACCGAACACCUUUCGGAUGAUAUAUGCGCAAGCGUACCAUACAUGUUAGGUCUAGUUGAAGCUGGUUGUGCCAUUGCAGAUGAUGUUAUUAUCGCCGACCCCCCGGCUUCAACGAAGAGAACUGUUAAAGCCACAACAGCGGGGCUUCUUUGCUGGCCUUUGGCUACGGCGGUAAUGGUCUCAGGAAUACCAGAAAAACACGAACUGUAUCUGAAAAGCUGUUUGCUCGAAGUAAGCGAGAUUGUUGAUGAUGGCGUGCUCGAACGGCUUGCGGUUUUCUUUCCCCGACUAUCCAAGUCCUCCUCGUAUGCGCGGUAG